CUUUAAGAAAAAUAUGCGAUGACAACUAACUAAUCAUUAACUUAAUUUUGUAAUUUUUCUAAUUCUAUGUGAUAAUGGGUAUUUUAACAAAGAAGAAAUUUCUUCCUGAAGCAAGUGGGCCUUAUGCUACAUCAUGUGCAGAUUUGAUGACAGAAUAUUCCCAGUAUGGAGUUUUCAUCCGACUCUACUAUCCGACUUCUAAAGCCUCUACAGGAACAGAAGGAUGGUUUCGGUGGGUUCCUCACGACAUGUACACCCAAGGGCUGGCUUGUGUUGUAAGUCUCUGGGUGUUUAUACUACGACUGGUCAUGUGGUGGUACGGAGGUGAAAUGUAUGUCCCGGCUCAAUGGGAGGCUCCGUUGCUGCCUGCCUCACACAGUGAGAGAAAGGAGAAGUUGCCAGUGAUUAUAUUCUCUCAUGGGUUCGGAGCCGCUAGGUACUUCUGCUCAGCAAUGCUGUUGGAGUUGGCCUCACAGGGAUACGUCGUCGCCUCUCUUGAACACAGGGAUACAUCCGCUUGUGCCACAUAUUUCUACAAAUCAGCUGCUCACAGGGAUAAAGACGAGAGGACUUGGAUCCCCCACGCAAAACUGGAGAUUGGUCCGCAGCAUUAUGAGUUGAGACGCAAACAAGUCAGGUGUAGAAGAGAUGAAUGUGUCAAGUCUUUGGACUUCUUGGAGGAUAUUAACAGUGGAAAUACAAACAAAAAUAUUUUGAAAACAUCUCUGGAUCUUCAAGGUUUUAAGGAUCAGUUAGACCUUGACAGUGUUACAGUCAUGGGACACUCAUUUGGGGGCUCCACUGCACUUCUGACACUUGCUUCAGAUACACGGUUUAAGCAAGGGGUGAUCCUGGACGGCUGGAUGUUCCCUCUCAAGGAAGAAGACGUUGUGGUGCCUCAACCGCUGCUGUUGAUCAACACUCCUACAUUCCACAUUGCCAGCAACAUCUCCGUCAUGACGGAUCAGAUCAUCAACAGACCUGCAGAGGCUCGGCGUCAACUCUACAUUAUCAGAACCUCCAACCACGAGACACAGACAGACGCUCCGUUUGUUUUCGGCUACUGGUUGGACCUGUUUAAGCCCAAGAUUGAUCCAUAUCUUGGAACUACCAUCAAUAACUAUCUGAUCAUAAAAUACCUUCAACCAAUGACUGGGAUUCCAAGUGGGGCUGAGCAAAUUGAUCAAGAGUUGAAAAAGCAUCAAGAGUUGAUCAUAGAAGGAAGACUUCCAGACCCCGUCAGGCCAAGGAAGGGGAUGUCUUUGCUGUCUUGAGUUUUGCGCCGAAGAAAUCUUCAAUCUCAGGAAUAACAUAAUUACUAUUGCAAUUAUAUAAUAAGGAAGAUUGCCUUAAUUAUUUACCAUGAAUACUGACUCACAA